AUGACCAUCAAGCUUGCUUCGUCUGCUGCCGUCGAGGCAAGUUCACGUUGGAAGUACAAGUAUUUCGUUGCCAUCGAGCCAUCUCGCUUGGGGCCAACUCCUGCAGCCGUGGUGCAUGCUCACCUGCUCCUGUUGAGGAUGCCCGCCAACUCGAGGUUGAUGCGCUCCCGCAGUAGAGACAGGCCACUAUAUUCUCGCUUUCCCGCCCCGCUCCGGAGGCUAGACGGCCUGGUUGCGGAACCCGACGAUUUCGAGGUCCCGCGACACGCUGAAGAUUCGAGCGUCGGUCGAAAGACGGGCGUCUCGAGGCUCGGCCAACAACCAACACCAGACCAGACCAACGACGCCCGCGCCGCCGGGGAACGGAGCCGCCGCAGAACGUUGGGCCGAGCUGUGCACUCGUACAAGUAUAUGGGGAAAGCGAUUCCGGGACGACGAGGAUGUCACGACCUGGCACGGAGCCAUCCGCGAGACUCCCAGGACGAGCGAAACCCCGUACAGGCACAGGCACUGGACAAGAUCGCACGCUGGUUGAAUGGAUUCAUGUCCGUCCCAUGCCAGCAGUGGCAGAUCACGGCAGAUUCCCCAAGGGCCCUUGGCGUCGCGCUGCCUACAUGGAAUCGUUGGCGUUCCCGGCGGUCCCCUUUGGCUAAAGAGAUCCUCGUCCAGCAGAUGACCUUCGGGCGAGCCGAGUCGACUAGUAUGCGCAAACGACUCUCCGCCUCGUCUCGCUACCAUCACUACUAA